AUGGAGUCGGACGAGCCCGGCAUCCGCUUCAAAGCCAAGAAGCGCACCAAGACGCUCCGCCAGCGCGACCGCGCCGCCUCCCCCGAAGCUAGCACCUCCACAGCCGCCGCCGCCGCCGCCGCCGCCGCGCAAGACACGCCCACGCCCGCAGACGACGACGACGACGACAGCAACGACGCUGCCAACGGCAGCACCGUGCACGCGGCCCUUAAGCUGCGCCAGGCGCGCAGCAGGAACCGCUUCCGGGGUGGUGUCCCCUUUGGCCGCGACGAGCCCGCCGCGCUCGACGCCGACGCCGGCGGCGCAGAGCCGGGCGGCGGCCUGGUGCUGCGCGACGCGGCGCCGCCGCAGGGCCUCCCGGACCGGUUCAUGCACCAAACGGGCUUCGUCGCCGACGCCGACGACAAGCACAUGAUGGCCUAUGUAGAAUCGCGCCUCUCUUCCCGCGCCGCCGACGCCGCGAGCGCCGAGCCCGCUGCUGCUGCACCUGAAAGCAGGCAGGCACGAGAACAACAGCAGCGGCAGAUGCGCGCGCCUGGCACGAUGCAGACGGGCACGUCGACGACGAGCUGGACCAAGCUCGUCGAGGUCGAAGUCCCCGCCGACCUGCGCAGAAACACCGGCACAGGACCGUCUGCGGUACAGAGCGGCAAGAAGCGCGGACGGGACGGCGUCGACGCCAAGCCCCCGCCGCGACGACGUCGUAACCGCAGAGGCAGCGACGACAUUAAACGCGACGCCAUGGUCGAAGCGUUCCUCUCCGAAAACAAGCUCGACGUCUACGACGUGUCAUCCGCUGGAUCCUCUUCCGCGGUGGUCGACGCCACCCGGUCUGCCGACGACGUGCUCGCGGAAAACUUCCGCCAGCAGUACAUGGAGGAGGUGGCCGCGCGGCGGCAGCGCAAGCGGCCGGCCAUCAACCAGCCGCGCGUGACGCAGAAGCAGGCGGCGCACCAGCAGGCCGUCGCGGCGGGCGAGGUCCUCAAAGGGCCGAAGCUGGGCGGGAGCCGCAACGCGAGGGCGGCGGUGCGGGACAAGCUGCUGCAGCAGCAGGAGCUGGGCAAGAAGAAGUGA